AUGUCAAGCAGCCCAUCUAGGAAAUGGGUCACUCUGAUCACAAAGCCUGGACGGCCAGACUCAUCCAGGUGGAAAUCCGACCAAGGCUGCGAUAGGCCAGCAACCUAUACAGCCGAAUUUAUUUAUCUAGCUACAGAAACCGCUAUAGUAAACAACAGUAUUCCAGGACAGGCGGACAUUGAAAGCCGAGAGGAUAGUGUCAACCUGACGGGGAAACCUAAAUGGAAAUCACAACUACUCAGUUGUAAAGGAAAACUGCGUGUGACAUUACUACAAACAGGAAAGUUGAAGGAAUUAUAUGAUAAUGCAGAAAGGUACCAUCUUGAUAUCGUUGGAGUACAGGAAGUUAGAUGGAGUGGAAAGGAUAAGAACCGGCAUGAUUCAUGGACAUUUAUAUACUCAGGCAGAGAUGACCAAAAACAUGAGGCAGGAGUAGGUGUACUUUUAUCCAAGAGAGCAGCUGAUGCCGUUAAUUCCACCGACUGUAUUAGUGAGCGCCUACUUAAGAUAAGAUUUAAAGCUGGAGUCACUAACCUUACUGUGAUUGUAGGGUAUGCACCAACAGAAGUAGCAAACACACCAGAAAAACAUGAAUUUUAUGAACAGUUGAACAACAUUCUGGGCAAUAUACCACGACAUGAUAUGUGCCUCUUGAUUGGUGAUUUUAAUGCUAGAGUGGGGAUUAGGCAUAAAAGAAAAGAAUGGAUUAGUGUUCAAACAGAAGAAUUGGUGGAAAAGAGACGAACGGCAAAUGGAAGGAAGGAUUCAACUGGAACUAGGCGACGCUCAGAGGAAUACAGAAAGCUUGAUGCCCUUGUAAAAAAGAGUCCAAAGAAAGAGAAAGAGAAUUGGUUUGACAAAUGUGCUAGUGAGUUAGAGGUAGCAUCUGGUAUGAAAAAUCAAAGGAAGGUAUUUCAGAUUGUGAAAAAGGUGAAUAGGAGAUCAGCACCACAGCCCAUGUCUGUAAAAAGCAAGGAAGGAAACAUACUGACUGACAAAGAUCAAGUGAAAGACAGAUGGAGAAAACACUUCUGUGAGCUCCUAAACAGACCAGCCCCAGCACGAAGGUACCAUCCAAGUCAACAGCUAUGGGAAGAAUUAGAUAUAGAUACAAGUGAACCAUCAGAGGAGGACGUAGAAAAGGCAAUCAACAAACUGAAGAACAACAAGUCAGCUGGUACAGACAGUGUUACAGCAGAACUGAUACAAUAUGGAGGUUAA